AGAUUCAUACACAGUAAAAUCUAUCAACACACAUACUUCUUGGAAGGCAAGAAACAUGAAUCAACAAGAAGCCGCGAGUACUCUUGAGCUUGAUCUGAAACUAAACAUCUUGGAUUCAUCUUUGCCAACUGAGAGCCCAUCUUCAUCGUUAUGUUCGGAGGAAGCCGAAGGUGGAAGAGUAGAGGGUAAAUCAAUGGUGGUCGUAGGUUGCCCUAAUUGCAUCAUGUACAUUAUCAUGUCUUUGGAUAGUAACCCUAGAUGCCCUAGAUGCAACAGUCAAGUUUUGUUUGAUUUUCUCACAGGAAAGCAUAGCAAAAAGAGUAUUAAUUAAGAAAAUAUCCCAAUUAAAAGUGUUAUUUUAUUUUAUUAUUGAUUUGUGGCCACAUAUAUUGAUAGUUAAACUAGUCUACGAUGAACGGAUGUAUUCAUAUAACCGAAAUUCUGUAUACUUUUGUUUUUC